UUUAUUAAAAGAGUUUUCAUUAUCUGAACUCACUAUUUUAAACAUGUAAGGAAUUAAAUUUAGAGUUUGACUAAAUAUGUGAGAAUUCUAAAAUAGUAUGGUGGUUGCCAAUUUAAAAUAUAGCUCAAGGCAAAAUGACUUUUAAAAGCUUUUAUUUACAAAGAGGUGGAAAGAGUGAAUGUAGGAAAAUGCAAAAAGAGGGUAGAGAAGAUGUCUAGCCUAUUACACUAAAUAUUGCUCUGGUGCUCGGCUCAGCCCAGCAGGACUUGUUAACCCUUGACCACAGCAUCCAGUACUUCCACCAACGUUCUCUAAGAGGAGAAGCCCUCUCCGGAACUAAUCUCUCCAGAAGCCAGGGAAAGAAGGCCAGUUACUCACUCACCCAAGAAACAGUCCAAAAGCCAAGGUCCCAAGUUGAAGCCUAAGUCCAAGUUCAAAGUCACCUCCAAGAGUAAGGUUACCAGCCAAAGCUCAAAGCCCAAGAUUCAAGCUGGGGGCUCCAGCUAAAGAAGUUCAGGACUUUUUAUAGUCCUUUCCUGUCCCUUCCCGUAUUCACAGGGGCCAAUCACAACUUCCAAAUUGCCUAGCACUACCCAGGGAGGUAGUGUUUGUGGCAUCCACUUCUCAUCCUCUGAAGGUGUCAACUCUUAUCAAAGGAUUCACAAGUUUCUGAUUGAUUGGGUUAAAAGGGUGUGACUCUCCAAUUGGUGCUGAUCAUCAGAAAGGCAUUUUGGUGGAAGGAUUAAGCAGUGUUCUUAUUGCCUCAGGUUGGAGCAAUGGAACUUCCCAACUAUGGCCGCCAGUUGCUGCAGCAGUUGUAUACCCUUUGCAAGGAGAAUCAAUUCUGUGACUGCACCAUUUCUAUUGGCACAGUUUAUUUCAGGGCCCAUAAACUGGUCUUGGCUGCUGCCAGCCUCCUAUUUAAAACAUUACUGGAUAAUACAGAUACAAUUUCUAUUGAUGCAUCUGUUGUAAGUCCAGAUGAGUUUGCUCUCCUUUUAGAAAUGAUGUACACCGGCAAGCUGCCUGUGGGCAAACACAACUUCUCCAAGAUUAUCUCCUUAGCUGAUAGCCUACAGAUGUUUGAUGUGGCAGUUAGUUGUAAGAAUCUUCUAACUAGCCUUGUAAGCUGCUCUGCUCCAAGCCAAGUGAUAAGAGAGGUUUCCCCUCAGACAGUGGAGCCAUGCCAAAAGGACACUGAUGGAUUGCUAGUAGAAAACACUUCCCCGAAAAAUUCAAUUGAGUCUCUACAUCCAGGAGAGUCUCUAUCUCCUGUGUCUCUAAAGGCUGACACUGUGGUGGUGGUUAGUGCUGUGACACCAGAUGUUGGUGAGGUAAAUUCGACCAUGGCUCAGAAGGAGCUGAUUAUGAAUUCUGCUAUUGCCCAUGAAGAGGCUCUGGAAAUUGAAAUACACAAUGCAGCUUCACCAAGGGAGCCUUCGGAUUCUUCACAAAUGCCUUCUCCCCCUGGGCAAGAAGCAAUAAAUGAAGAGGAGGAGGAGGAGGAGGAGGAGGAGGAAAAGGAAAAGGAGAAGGAGAAGGAAGUAGCAGUGGUCGCAGUGUCUCAGAAUAUGACAGAGAAUACCUCAGAACUAGAGCAUGAGAGGAAAAUGUAUAAGUUGGAUUUCCUUCUGCAAAAUGAAAGCAUCUUCUCUGAAGCAUUCUCUGUUGCCCAGGAUGUACUGAAAAGAUUAGAUGAAUGUAGAGAAAUUAAAAGUCCACAUAAAGAGGUUAUCUUGGAGUGUCUAGAAGCUGAAGAAGGAAUCUCAGCAUUCCAAAGAAUCCUCGAUAAAAUAAGAGACAAUGAAUGCCUUGAUGUUGAAACAGUUAUAUCUUUGUUGGAGCUGUUCCAAGACACCCAUCCUGAAAUCAAAGCAGCACUACAGAAGAGAGAUUCAGAAGAUGGAGAGAACAUGCAGCUAAAAAGGAGCACAGAGGAGGGAAAGACCUUGUCCAUCCUGUUACUGGAACACAAAGAGGACCUGAUACAGAGCAUAACCCAGCUGAGACCCAUUAGGGAAUUCCUAGAGACGACCCCCCAGGAGCUCCUGACCAGCAUGGAAAAAGAGGUGAUUUUGAAUUGCUGCAAGGGUGGAACACCCAAGGAGACAAUAGAAAAUUUGUUGCACCAAGUGACUGAAGAGAAAACAUUGACUGCUGAGAGUUUGGUUAAACUCCUUCAGGCUUUGAAGAUCACAUUCCCCAACUUGGACCUUCUGCUAAAGAAUUUACAGAAACAAGGAAGUGUGCCAAGCACAACAGUCCUACCAAGCCCUGAUGAUUAUGGGACUGAGCUCUUGAGACGGUAUCAUGAAAACCUCUCUGAAAUUUUCACUGACGAUGAGAUGUUACUAAAGGUGAUCUCAUCUGCAAACAGUUUAACUCCUGGAGAAAGAGAGGCCAUGGAACAGCUCGUGAAAGGUGAUGGCAGUCGUGGUGGUUUUAGUCCUCUGGUCUCUGCAGUCCUGGAAGGACAGGCUCUGUCAGGAAGGGCCAUUUGGAAGGUUCUGCUGGGAGCACAGACUGCUGAGUCAUGUCCAUUGAACCUGCUCAUGGAAGAAAUGCACAAGGAGCCCGGGGCUGACUAUUUCUUCCAAGCAGUGGCCACCCCAGAAAGUGCUACUAUAGAAAUCAUCUUGAGACAUAGCAAGCUAAUCACAGAGGCUAUUCAGCCACGAGCUGAGCUAAAGUGCUUCACUCCAGGAGAGGAGAAACUGGCAGAGGCUGUGAAAGAGAUUCUGAGUGUUUCCUGUGAGCCAGCCAGCCCUGAAGCCUCCCUGAAAGCAGCUCUCAGCAGAGCCCAGGAAAAGUCACUCCCCACCAUGGAGAUCUGCCGUCUUCUCUGCAGCAUUCAUGAGGUCUUUCCGGGCCUGCAGGUGGUCCUGCAAGAGCUGGGGAGCCUGGGUCUCCUCACUCAGGAGAAGGAGGAGGGCAGCCCUGAAAGGUGGAAGGUGCUGGAAGGGCUGGAGGAAGUCUUGGCCGGGAGUCCUGCUGGUCCUGGGGAAGGGAUUGAGAAGGAGAAGGAGGAGGAGGAACUGGAGAGCAGCACCACUCCCUCCCCCAAGAAGAACUUUGUCUGCACGGCCUGUGACAAGAGUUUCCAUUUUUACUGCCGCCUCAAGGUGCACGUGAAGCGCUGUCGAGCGGCCCAGGGGAAGCAGGUGCCCUGCAGGGAAUGUGGCCAGAUGAAGGCCUCUAAGAAAGAGCUGGAGAAACAUCUGCAGGAGGCCCAUGCUGGGACCAAAGCAUUGGGUACCCCGAAGAAGAAGAAGAGAAGGCUUCCAGUGACCUGUGACAUCUGUGGGAGAGAAUUUGCUCAUGCCUCUGGAAUGCAGUACCACAAGCUGACAGAACAUUUUGAUGAGAAGCCUUUUUCAUGUGAAGAAUGUGGGGCCAAAUUUGCAGCCAAUUCGACUCUAAAGAACCAUCUCCGCCUUCAUACUGGAGAUCGCCCUUUCAUGUGCAAGCAUUGCCUCAUGACGUUCACUCAGGCCUCUGCCCUGGCUUAUCACACCAAGAAGAAGCAUGCUGAAGGGAAGAUGUAUGCUUGUCAGUACUGUGAUGCCGUGUUUGCCCAGUCGAUUGAGCUAUCUCGGCAUGUGAGGACUCACACUGGAGAUAAGCCAUAUGUGUGCCGAGAGUGUGGCAAAGGCUUCCGACAGGCUAAUGGCCUCUCCAUCCACCUGCGAACCUUUCAUAAUAUAGAUGAUCCCUAUGAUUGCAAGAAAUGUAGGAUGAGUUUCCCCACCCUACAAGAUCAUCGAAAUCAUAUUCAUGAGGUCCAUUCGAAGGAAUACCAUCCUUGCCCAACGUGUGGGAAAAUCUUCAGUGCCCCAUCCCUGCUAGAACGACACAUGGUGACUCACGUUGGAGGGAAGCCUUUUAGCUGUGGCGUAUGUGACAAAGCCUACCAGCAAUUGUCUGGUUUGUGGUACCACAACCGGACCCACCACCCUGAUGUGUUCGCUGCUCAGAACCACCGCUCUUCCAAGUUCACUUCUCUGCCAUGCGGUUCCUGCGACAAAACCUUUGCCAGCACGGCUGCUCACAAGAAGCAUGUGAAGACAGAACAUGCAGACAUUAAGUUCCAUGAGUGUGAGACAUGUCAGGAGCUCUUUCCCACCCUGGCUUUGCUUCAAGUUCAUGCCAAAUGCCGGCAUUCAGGUUCUCAGCCAUUCAGGUGCCUAUACUGUGCAGCCUCCUUCCGCUUUCCUGGAGCCUUGCAGCACCAUGUGGCCACUGAGCACUUCCGGCAAACAGAGAACACGUUCCCCUGCGAAGUGUGUGGAGAGCUCUUCACUUCCCAGGCCCAGCUAGAGGGGCACUUUGAGUCUGAGCAUGGGAAGGUGGUGGUCACUGAAGCCCAGGUCACAACAGCUGCCACCCAGAUGGUGCAGGUGAUCCAGGCUCCAGAGCCCGGAGCAUCGGCUGAGCAGGUGAUCACUUUGGAAGAGACCCCACUGGCUGGAUCCCAGGUGUUUGUGACAUUGCCAGAUUCCCAGACUCCCCAGGCCAGCUCAGAGCUGGUGGCAGUGACAGUGGAGGACUUACUGGAUGGAACUGUGACCCUUAUCUGUGGAGAGGCAAAGUAAAAGUCACUGAAGAGACUCUGAGAGAUCCCAGCCUUAGCAUCAGCACCAUGCAGAGCCCUGAAGAUGCCCUCGUUACAUGCUUGUUAGUUAUUGGGAUGACUGCCAGUCCUGACAUCUCUGCUCAGGUCCUUCUACCCAAAGAGCCAUUCUCGUGGUAUAGCCAAGAAGAGGAGCUUUUACAUAGUAGGCUCUUAAAAGAUGUUUGUCGAAUUGGCCAUAUCACCCUGUGACCAUCAGAGCUAGUUCCAUCAGAAGCUUGGCUUGUCCUUUUUAUCCCCUGUAAAGAGAUUAGCAGGAGGCUCAGAGAACUCCCCCUACCACCCCCAUCAAAUACUGUUUGCUUGGCCUCAUAACAAGCCCUUCCUGCUGACUCUUUUCACACCAGGUGCUCCCUGGUGACGUCUGGGAACAUUGGAUUGAACAUACCAGGACAAGGUCACUGCAGAAACCCACUGCGCCUCUCCAGGGGAGAUUACUCAGGUCUAUCAUUAGGGGGUCUGGAGAAAAAUGGAUUGAAAGUGGUGAAGCUGAGCAGGGAGGCUCUGGUGCAUAGAAGAAGAGAGACCUCCCCACCUUUGCACCCCAUGCAGGAUCCAGGCAGAAUCAAACAUUCCCAUUAGAAAGAGUUAGCUUCAGAGCUGCCUUUCUUGACACAAAGAAAUAAGUUGAAUAAAAACCAGUGUAGUAUGUAGGGGAGUAUGAGAUUUGGGAAAUGUGGCCCAUUAACGGGUACUUAUUCAUCGAAGCAAACAGAUAUUCAGCUCUUACUUUAUUCAAAGCAUUGUCCCAGGCAGUGAGACCAAAGGAAAGCAAAACCCCAGCACCGUCUCUGCCUUCAAAGAGCUUCUGGUCUACUGGGAGGAUGUGACAUGUAUAUGAAUAAGUGUGAUAACAAGAAGAAGAUGGAGGGGCAAGAGAGGCCUGGACAACAUCGGGCUUUAGGAAAACCUGAGUCGAGAGUGUUUUCAGCUGCGGAUAUCAAGCAAGGAUCAUGGAGGGAGGUGCAUCUGAGUUAAGCCUUGAAUGGAGAGAAGCAUUUCAUUAAGUACAGGUGAGCAGGUGUGUAAGACCAGCUGCGCAAAAUCCCAAAGACAUCCCUUCUGUACCAGACAACAUCUGCAGCCUGCCUAGGCCUGUGAGCCAGAGGUGAGACAAGAUGGAGUCGUGUGGGAAAAUGCUUUUGACUGUAUGACCUUGGACAAGUCCUUUCUCCCUGGGUGCCAAUUUCUGUUGUAAAAUCGAAUUGAAUUAGAUGCCUCAGAUGGUCCCCUUGUGGCACCAGCAUUCUGAGAAUUCUUAGAUUAUUAGAAAACUAAUAUCAUUAGGGCACCCUGAGAAAAAUGGAUUGGAAAUGGCAAAGCUGAGGCAUUGGGAGGAGACAUUCUAUCUCUCCCUGUCCCCUGGGGAUAUACAGGACAGUCAAAGAGCCUUGAGUGGUGUAGUACAGACUUUAAGGAAGACAGAAAGCAUGCUCUGUACUAUAUUCAUCGAAUCAGGCUAGCCUAGUGGUGCCAAACGAAUAAAAAUGGAUCCCUGUGGGUAGCAUUAACUUAGAAAACCACAAAUUAACAUUACCUAUCUUGUCUUUUUGUUGUUGUUGUUAAACAUUUCUCAGUUACAUUUUCAUCUGGUUCCUGCUGCACUGUGCAGUUUUGGGGCAGCAAGUUUAAUGCCCCUGGCUAGCCCAGUGCCCUCAUUUCACAGAUGAGAACAUUUUGGCCCAAAGAGGUCAUCAGAAUGGAGAUUUUAGCAUAACAAGGUCCUCUGACUCCAGACUCAACUCCCUUUCCCAGUGUACCGUAUUCCCAACUCAAGUCAAGAAAUUACUACCACAUUUUAGGAAGAUUUUCAACAAAGGUUGAGGCAAAAAGGAUUUUCUGCUUUAAUCCUCAGUUAAUCCGAAAAUUCAGCUCACCACAGUCCCUUGUUCCUUGAACAUUCCAGUUAGCCCAGACCUUCACUGUCAUGUGCCUGGUUUGCUGGGACCACCUUCUAGCUAAUCUCUCUGCUUUCCAUCUUCCCUCCCAUCUGUCCUGCAUUCUUAGCCAGAUUAAUUUUUCCCUAAAAACACUUUCAUUACGUAGUAACUCCCCAGCUCAAGAACCUCAUUCCUUUUUGCCAAUUGCCUCACCUGGUCGAGCACUCUGUUCACUUCCCUCCAUAGACACCCAGACCUCCAUAGGUCACACAACAGAGAGUUGUACUAUGAAAUGAGACUGAGACAGCGCUUUGGGUUGGGAGGAUCAGAGCAAGCUUUCUUCUCUGCCAGCCACCAGGGCUAGAGUUCAAAACACAACAACCCAAGAAAUUGAGGAAGACUGAAGCGGGAGCAAAGCAGUCCAUGUCUGCCUGCCCCUCUCUUCCACGGACUUUUAAAAUGCCUCUUAUUACUCCACUUAUUGCUAGAAUGCAAAUUGGGGCUGAGCAGCUGUAGCUGUUGGGUCUCCCCGUCAUCCUCAGCUCCUGUUUCCAUCUAUGACUUAUUGUGAUGAAUAUUUUAUCGGACAAUGGUUUGCCUUAAUUAAACCUCAGCUUUUUAAAGCUC